CCCUUCGCAUCUACAGUCGUCUAUCCCACCAGAACAAUGGAUCAUAUGAACCACGAUAUGGACUCCAUGGCGUCCAUGACUUCGACCAUGACCAUGGCCAUGUCCGCAAGCUCGACUGCCAGCGCCGCCAUGAGCACCGGCAGUGCUCAUAGCAUGGGCGGCAUGGAUAUGGGUGGAAUGGAUAUGGGCGGCAUGCAUUCGUGCAAGAUCUCGAUGUUAUGGAACUGGUACACCAUCGAUUCCUGCUUCCUCUCCAGUCAAUGGCACAACACCUCCCGCGGCAUGUUCGCCGGCUCCUGCAUCGGCGUCAUCUGCCUCGUCAUCUGCCUCGAGUUCCUCCGCCGCGUCGGCCGCGAGUACGACGCCUUCAUCGUCCGCCGCGCCCACCUGAGAAAGCAGUACCUCUCUGCAACCGCCUCAUCCCAAGGCCGAACCUGUGCCACCGACGCCGACGCCGACGCCAGCGCCGAAAACUCUCAGGAAACCACCCGCAGCGUCCAAGGCGCAGCAUCCAAAGGCGCACCGCAGACCAUCUGCAGCGCACUCGAGGACAAGACGCCCGUCCGCCCCACGCUGAUCGAGCAGCUGGUGCGCGCGAUGCUGCAUAUGCUGCAGUUCGCGGUGGCGUACUUUGUCAUGUUGCUGGCCAUGUACUUCAACGGGUACAUCAUUAUCUGUAUCUUCAUCGGGGCGUUUCUGGGUUCCUUCAUCUUCUCCUGGGAGCCUUUGAAUCUGCAGAAGGAGAAUGAUGCUACGACGGUCACCAAAUGCUGCGGAUAG